AAGGCUGAGACAUUCAAGCUGGCUAAAGAAAACGAACGAAACACAAAGAUAUCUGCAAAAAAUACCUCAGCAGUUUUAUAGCACAGUACCCGUUCCUUAACACAUCAUGUGAUGUUUAAAAGAGACUUCUGUGAAGAUACCUCACAAAAUAAAUCUUUGGUUGAAGAGAUUCGUAAUUUUUUAUCUGAUUAUUAACUUUGGAUCAUAAGUGGAACUGAAAGAUCUGCAAUUGGAUUGGAUUGCAUUGGCAAUAUGAAUGAACGUGUCUGACAAUGGAUCCCAAGCGCUGUGCCCAGGAUGUGUUACGGUGUCAUCUCUGUAAGACCCCUGUUACACCUAUGUACUGCGACAUUUGUCACAUACAUCUGUGUAAAGAAUGUGAGGGAGAACAUCUCUCAAGCGAAUUUAAAGACCACAAGGUGGUGCCCUUUAAGAUGCGUGCAUCUACAGCAAAGUGUCAAAAACAUUCCUCGAAAAUAUGUGAACUUUAUUGCGUACUAUGUGACAUUCCUAUAUGUGCAACAUGUGCUUCUUCAGAGGAUCAUAGAGGCCAUGAAUUUGUUGAGUUUUUAAAACACAUUGAAAAUAAGAAAGAAGUAAUACGAAGAGAUUUAAAAGAGUUUGAGCUAUCCAUUUAUCCAAAAUAUAAAGAGAUUGCCUCUUAUAUUUCAGUUCAGAAAGAUAACAUCAAUACCAACUCUAAAAAGUUGACAAUAGCUUUAGAAAAACAAGAAGAAGACUUGCGAAAAGAAAUAGAUAACAUUUUGAAAAAACUGAAAUCUGCUCUUGAUAAAAUAGAUUCAAAAUACUUGGCUGUUCUAAAUAGGCAGGAGGACGAAAUAGCACAAACUAUUUCUAAAAUUACUCAAAACAUUACUGAUUUGAAUGGUUUGCUUAAUUCCAAUGAUGCCUCUCAUGUCUUUGCUUACAAAUCCAGGAAUGCCGAUUUCAGAAGAUUGCCUCCUAAACUCAAAAUAUCUUUACCAAGCUUGACUUCUCAGAAGAUAAAUAAAGAACAGCUUUAUCAGCAAUUUGGUGCUUUGUCAGCAUUUUGUAUAACAUGCGAUAAUGAUGGUUACACAAUAGAUUCCCCUGACGCUGAGACCUUUCCCUCUGAAAAACCACUCCUUGAGGAACCACGGAUCAUUACAGAGUAUGGUAACCAAAGUGAAUUACAUGGCGUUUCUUGUCUAAGCGAUGAUUAUAUCUUAACGCAUGGAAAUGAAAAAAUCAUGAGACUCGUCAAUCUCCAGGGAAAACUAGUAAAGUCAUUUGAAACCAAAACAGGAAACAUACCAGGAGCCAUAGCAGUGACGAGUGGGUAUCCAGUUUAUACUGAUUACAAUGAAAGAACAGUGAACAUAUUGAAAGAUGAAAAGUUGCAGAGAGUUGCCAAACUUCAGGGAUGGAGACCUCGUAGUAUAUGUGUUUCUUCUGCCGGCGAUUUCCUUGUUAUCAUCGACAGUGAUGAUUAUCAACAAGUAAAAGUCGUGCGUUACUCAAGCUCAGACUUCAAAGAAAAACAAAGCAUUCAAUCAAAUGAUAAUGGUGAGCCGCUUUAUUCACUUGGCGAUUUCUCCAAGUAUAUCAGCGAGAACAAGAACCUUAACAUCUGCGUAGCUGAUUAUAGAGCCGGGGCAGUAGUGGUGGUCAAUCAGGCCGGGAAACUCCGGUUUACCUACACUGGUCCUUUUUCUACUACCAAGGAAUCAUUUUGUCCAGUCGGUAUCACUACCGACAGCCAGAGUCGGAUACUUACAGCAGACUAUUGGAACAACCGCAUCCACAUUUUUGAGCAGGACGGACAGUUCCUCCGCUACAUUGACGACUGUGAUAUACAGCGUCCAUGGGGAUUGUGUAUGGAUUCCAAAGACAAUCUCUUUGUUGCUGCGUGUAAGACAUUUAAGGUGAAAAAAAUUAAAUACUGUAAAACGAGAAAGUAUGGCGCUGUACAAAUUUUAGCGCCUUUGGCCCAACUGCCCUUGAGACCUAAAAUUAAUAGUGCACCAACGAUUUUCUAUAUUUGAAUGAAAUUUCAAGUUACAAAACGAUAACUUCAGUCCCUUUUUAAAGCGCUAAGCAUACUCAGCGCUUUAUUGUCGUUAGACUUCUACUUCCGGUGCAUCGAAAAACCGCCCGCUAUGAGCAGAAUUAUACAUCAUUUAAACUGGUUAGGGAACCAGUUUCAGGGGUUUAUGCACAUAACGGAACGGGCUAUUGUGAAUCUAAUGUACGGGGUAUUGUGAAUUUAAUGUAGGGGGGCUUACAAAUAUCAUUGCAGGGGCUGCCACGCAGUGAUGAGGAAAUAUACAGAAGCUGAAAUGUUGUAUACAUAUAUAUGUUAUAUACAUACAGAAGCUGGGUUAGCGCUUUUCAGUACUAUCAGUACUUUGAUUAAUAAUAAGAAGUGAGCGCUUCCGUAAUUCCGAAGGGACGACUCUGUUUGUAUAUACAAUAACAUAGGUAUAUAGCAUGUAGAUUACAGUUAGUUCUCCUAAAGCACGAAUUAAUUCAAUUUUAUUGCUUUAAAGUAUCUAACAUUGUCACCUUCAAAAUUGGCUUCUUCCUUAUGUCACCUCCGUUUAGCGCCUCGAAGUGAAAAUAUGAUCAAGCUUGAUAAUCGUAAAUGAUAUGUUAAUUUCUAGCAAUUUAAUUUAUCUAUGAAAUGUAAAAUUACUGUGAAAAAGAUUCGCUUAUUUGAUAUAUAAAUAUAUAAAAAAAAAGAAUAAAAAUAUAAAUGCAUUUUUGCUUUAGUUUCUUAGACAUAAUUUCAAAUUUUAAGAUUAUGAAACAAUGGAAAACAGAAUUUUAAAAGCGUGGUAAAAUUAGAGAGAUAGAAUAUUUCUUCAUGAUUAAAAAAUAAUUAAUGUCAAAACUCUCAGAUGUAAAUAGUGAUCUAAAAUGUUCAGCAUUCAGCAAUAACUUACUAGUGUUUAGAUUCAGUCUAUUUAUAUUUACCACACGACGAUUCGUUGCUUGUACUGACGAAUCUUCCCCAUAAAAUUUGAUGCAUGAAAUGAUUUUAUUUUCUUUUGCAUAACUAUAAUCAGUUUAGAAAAAAUUAAAUAGUUCUUUUUCUUCUUCUUCUUCUUUAAAGCACUGCGCAGAGCGCCUAUAAGAACUUUAAUACUCAGGCACAUGCUAGGGCAGUAAAACACAUAACCUCUUAUUUACGAGUUAUGUAGAUCAUAUGGGGUUAAACCAUAAGGUCUGCUACCCGUAGAAUCAUGUUUAGCGAAACUUUGAAAUGAUUUUCUGCGGCUGUUUCUUUUGGGAGAUUGUUUUACUGGCUUAUCGUUCUUGGAAAAAAGGUUAUUUAGAUACCUUAUUGGAUGACGGCAUUGCCCUCGGAUGCCGGGAGCGCUGGUCCCUGCAUUACACGCAGUUACAUAUUGGCUACUUGGUAUCUCGACAUCCACAUAUCUUGUACAUCACGAUGGAUCUUACAUUUGAGCCUUUGAUCUUUUUUUUACUUUUGAUUAAUCUAACCAUCUUGCACCGCUUUAAUGGACUCAAUGUAUUGUUUUAUGUAUGGAUCGAUCCUUGGUCCUUAGCUGUUGGUUUGUCAAUCUAAAAUAUCUAAAAGUGUGUGUUUUUAGACAUUAGACCAACACAAAAUAAAAAACACAAAACAAAUUUUCAAUGGUUUUUUUAAAGUAAUGUAUUCCUCGAAGUUCAUGUCCUUGGGUUCCUCUGGCCGAUUUGCCUGCCGUCGUCGGUUAGCUGUCCUGGCUGCAUUCACAAACUUCGGACGGGCAAAUUCUGGUUUCCUGUGAUCUGAAAUCUAUGAUUGAAAUUCUUGUUAAUCUGUUAAAUUUGAAAUUAAAACUAUCAAAAAUUUAAAAAUAACCUGCAAAAUAUAAACUGUUCUGUGAUAUGUAGCGAAAAAAAUAAGAAUUUUUGUUAAAUAUUUUGCCGUAAUACUAAAAACAAUACUGGGAGCAAGUUGUCUUUAUGCUGGGGGCGAGCUGUCUUGACUGGUGGCGAGUUGUCUUAAAUUGGGGUUGAGUUGUCUUAGGUUGUACUGAGGGCGACUUGUCUUGGAGGCGAGUUGUCCUGAUUCCCAUUAAUCCACUAUUUGCUCUCUCGUGAGGAUGUCAUUUUGGCUGCAACAUGUUUUUUUUUUAUACUUUUCUUGCAGAAUAUUCUGAAUGAUGUCAAGAUUGAAUUUAUGUCCAUGAAGGCUAUAUUCAUUAACCCUUUUUCAUAUUCUUGAUGUUUAUGUUGUAUGCUCUAUCUCAUUUGUGUAUCUUUUAAAAGUUUGCUGGCUUACUUCUUAUUGGUGAUAAUAAAGUUUCGAUCAGAAUUUGUGUCAUGUUCACUCUUGCUCGUGAUGUGAACAAUACGUCUACGGUUUUGUUGUUGCAGGUUUUGAAAUCCACUAUUGGCAUUUGUGACAAGUCAUCAGCAAGUUUCAUAACCUGCUAGUUGAUAUAUUGUGGAUACCAGUUACCAACUAUAUGGUUCUACGUGACCACUGGAUAUCAGUUAAGUUGAGGUAUCCUUCCAAAGUAAGUUCGUCGAUUCCUGACUUUGUAGAACUGAAUCCAUCUAGUUGUCAUCUGUUUUUAAGGAGGACGGUAUACUGAAGAAAUUGUUAGUCUGAAGAAGGUAAAUAAUUGUUAAAGGGACAAAGACCAUCCAGUCCUGUUAAUGAAGACAUUAUUUUUUACGUAUCAAUUUAUAUACUGAUGUUUUUAAGCAAUAUGAGCUGUAUUUAAUUUUUAGAAUUUAAUUUGCUGCAAAAACCUGCUAGUGUGAUAAGUCUGCAUGUAACUUAAACUUCCAUAAUAGAUAAGAUUUGAAAAGAGCAUGAAUUUUUGGAAGGAAAAGAUUUCCCUUCUAAAGAAUAUAUAGCAGAUCAAUUUUUGUACAGGACGACAAUGAUUCAAUUUUGCUCCAAUAAAGCUUCUUAAUUACUUUUUUCACAAAAAUA